CAAAACAUUUCGUGACGGACAUCUGAUAUGCUUGUCGCUGUGUAGGAUUUACUGGAAUAUGGAGAAAAAGAAGUUCAACAUAAAUCUAGAUGACUCAGCUUUCACCAGAGAAAGAUCGCCGGUUCGUCCGCUGUUCAAAGCCUCGUCCGUUGGCGCUCAGAAAGACCCGGAAGGAUCUUCAGCGGCGCCUCAGCAUGGCGGCCAGCCGCUCUCCUACGCACAGUUCAUCAUGCAGGUCAAAGGUCACCCAGCGGCGCCUGCACAGGGAGGGGGGGCCACGGUGGGGGGGCCGCGAGAGGAGGCUCAGGGCAGCGGUCCACAGGGAGAGAGCGAGGUGCCCGUCCGCCCCCCUCCCACCUCCGAGGGGGGGGCAGGGAAGACCCAGCAGCAGGCGGAGCCGAGCGCUGCUGAUGCUGCUGAUGCUGCUGCAACCGUGGCAACGGGGGAGGAGGAAGGGCAAAGGUCAGAGGAAGGGCAAAGGUCAGAGGAAGGACCAAGUGUCGCUCCGUACCUGCUGGGGUCAGGAAGCAGCAUCAUCGUCAGUCCCCGACAGAGAGGAAACCCUAUCUUGAAGUUUGUGAGGAGUGUACCCUGGGAGUUUGGAGAUGUGGUGCCUGAUUAUGUCCUCGGACGGACCACCUGUGCGCUGUUUCUCAGUGUGCGUUAUCAUAACCUGAACCCCAACUACGUCCAUGAGCGCUUGAAGCUGCUGGGAAACUCUUUCUCUCUCAGAGUGCUACUGGUGCAGGUGGACGUGAAAGACCCGCAUCAUGCUCUGAGGGAACUGGCUCGGAUCUGCAUCAUGGCCGACUGCACACUCAUCCUGGCCUGGAGCCCAGAAGAGGCGGGGCGUUAUCUGGAGACGUAUAAGUCCUAUGAGAAGAAGCCUGCAGAUGUGUUGAAGGAGCAGGUGGAGAAGGACUACCUGUCCAAGGUGACGGACUGCCUGACCACAGUGAAGUCUGUGAACAAGACGGAUGCGGUCACUCUGCUCUCCACCUUCUCAUCUGUGGAGGGCAUCAUCCAGGCGUCUAAAGAAGAGCUGGUCCUGUGUCCUGGUCUGGGCCCCCAGAAGGCGAGACGGCUCUAUGAUGUGCUCCAUCAGCCUUUCCUCAAGUCCAGCAAGAAGGACAGCUGACCCUCCAGCUCAUCUGGACACUGUUCCCCUGCCCCCACAGAACUCUACUGCCCUCCAUAUACGGAACACACACGGUUCUAGUGUUCUCCUGCCCCCUCAGAACUCUACUGCCCUCCAUACGGAACAUUCACAGUUCUAGUGUUCUCCUGCCCCCUCAGAACUCUACUGCCCUCCAUACGGAACACUCACGGUUCUAGUGUUCUGCUGACAGAACUGGCACCACUGACGCCGUAAAGCCCACAGGGGACUCCUGAGCUCAGGACUAUUUGAGAACUCCUCCAAAUGUGCGGUUCUGGGUGAAGAACUCUGCUCUUAUGGCUCUCGCUGCCUAAAGAACCCUCUCAGAAACAUUGUGACAUUUAAUCUACAUCACAUUUUGUGGUAAAUGAAACAUUGUAAAUUGUAAAUAAAUUUUGUGUUUUUGUACAA